AUGUACGAAGUGUCGUCCGGCUUUUCUUUCUUUUUUCUUUUUUCUUUUCUUUUUUCAUUUCAUUCUUCCUUUCUUUCUUUUUUUAUCGUAUUUUCCAUUUGUAUUUACAUCGAACUCGACAAUUUCCUCCCUCACUCUUUUUUCUGUUCUCCCUUUUUUCUUCUUUCCUUUCUUUCUCUUUUCUUCCUUUCUUUGUUCUUACAACUUUCUUCCUUUCUUUAUUUUUCCCUCCUUCGCUUCUUUUUUUUUCUCUUCCUUUCUUGCCUUCUCACUUGCUUCUUUCCUUCCAUUCUUAUUUUUUUUUCUUUCUUUCUUUCUUUCUUUCUUUCUGGAAAAUUAUUACCAAUUUCUUUCUUUUUCUAUCUUAUUUCUCUCUUUCUUACUUUCUUUCUUUUACUAUCUUCUCUCUCUUUUUCUUUCUUUCCCUCUUUCUCUCUUUCUUUCUUUCUUUCUUUUACUAUCUUCUCUCUCUUUUUCUUUCUUUCUCUCUUUCUCUCUUUCUUUCUUUCUUUUACUAUCUUCUUUCUCUUUUUCUUUCUUUCUCUCUUUCUUUCUUUCUUUCUUUCUUUCUUUUACUAUCUUCUAUCUCUCUUUUUCUUUCUUUCUCUCUUUCUCUAUUUCUUUCUUUCUUUUACUAUCUUCUCUCUCUCUUUUUCUUUCUUUCUCUCUUUCUCUCUUUCUUUUACUAUCUUCUCUCUCUCUUUUUCUUUCUUUCUCUCUUUCUCUCUUUCAUUCUUUUACUAUCUUCUCUCUCUCUUUUUCUUUCUUUCUUUCUUUCUCUCUUUCUUUCUUUCUUUUACUAUCUUCUCUCUCUCUUUUUCUUUCUUUCUCUCGUUCUUUCUUUCUUUCUUUUACUAUCUUCUCUCUCUUUUUCUUUCUUUCUUUCUUUCUUUUAUUAUCUUCUCUCUCUCUGUUUUUCUUUCUUUCUUUUGUCUUCUUUUCUCUCGUUCUGCCUCUCUUUCCGUUAGCUUUCUCCAUUUCUUUCUAUCCUACUUUUUUUCUGACACCAGUUUUUGGACAUUGUUAUUUUUCUUUAGCACUUUACACCAAAGUUUCUUUCUUUCUUUCUUUCUUUAUUUUCUUUCUUGUUUCCUAAGUUUCUUUCUUUCUUUCUUUCUUUCUUUCUUUCUUUCUUUCUUUCUUUAUUUCUUUCUUUCUUUCUUUCUUUCUUUAUUUUCUUUCUUGCUUCCUAAGUUUCUUUCUUUCUUUCUUUCUUUCUUUCUAAUUUCUUUCUUUCUUUCUUUAUUUUCUUUCUUGCUUCCUAAGUUUCUUUCUUUCUUUCUUUAUUUUCUUUCUUGCUCCCUAAGUUUCUUUCUUUCUUUCUGUCUUUCUUUCUUUCUUUCUUUCUUUCUUCCUGAGUUUCUUUCUUUCUUUCUUUCUAUCUUUCUUUAUUUUCUUUCUUGCUUCCUAAUUUCUUUCUUUCUUUCUUUCUUUCUUUCUUUAUUUUCUUUCUUGCUUCCUAAGUUUCUUUCUUUCUUUCUUUCUUUCUUUUCUUUCUGUCUUCCUAAGUUUCUUUCUUUCUUUCUUUCUUUAUUUUCUUUCUUGCUUCCUAAGUUUCUUUCUUUCUUUUCUUUCUUUCUUUCUUUCUUCCUGAGUUUCUUUCUUUCUUUCUUUUCUUUCUUUAUUUUCUUUCUUGCUUCCUUUUUUUUCUUUCUUUCUUUCUUUCUUUCUUUUCUUUCUUUCUUUCUUUCUUGCUUCCCUAAUUUCUUUCUUUCUUUCUUUCUUUCUUUCUUUCUUCCUGAGUUUCUUUCUUUCUUUCUUUCUUUAUUUUCUUUCUUGCUUCCUAAGUUUCUUUCUUUCUUUCUUUCUUUCUUUUCUUUCUGUCUUCCUAAGUUUCUUUCUUUCUUUCUUUCUUUCUUUCUUUCUUUAUUUAUUUAUUUUCUUUCUUGCUUCCUAAGUUUCUUUCUUUCUUUCUUUCUUUCUUUCUUUCUUUCUUUCUUUCUUUCUUUCUUGCAUCCUGGGUUUCUUUCUUUCUUUCUUUCUUUCUUUCUUUCUUUCUUUCUUUCUUGCUUCCUAAUUUCUUUCUUUCGUUCUUUCUUUCUUUAUUUAUUUCUUUCUUUCUUUCUUUCCUUCUUGCUUCCUAAGUUUCUUUCUUUCUUUCUUUAUUUAUUUAUUUUCUUUCUUGCUUCCUAUGUGUUUUUCUUUCUUUCUUUAUUUUCUUUCUUGCUUCAUAAGUUUCUUUCUUUCUUUCUUUCUUUCUUUCUUUCUUUCUUGCUCCCUAAGUUUCUUUCUUUCUUUCUUUCUUUCUUUCUUUCUUUCUUUCUUUCUUUCUUGCUCCCUAAGUUUCUUUCUUUCUUUCUUUCUUUCUUUCUUUCUUUCUUUCUUUCUUUCUUGCUCCCUAAGUUUCUUUCUUUCUUUCUUUCUUUUCUUUCUUGCUUCCUAAUUUCUUUCUUUCUUUCUUUAUUUAUUUUCUUUCUUGCUUCCUAUGUGUUUUUCUUUCUUUCUUUAUUUUCUUUCUUGCUUCCUAAGUUUCUUUCUUUCUUUCUUUCUUUCUUUCUUUCUUUCUUUCUUUCUUGCUCCCUAAGUUUCUUUCUUUCUUUCUUUCUUUCUUUCUUUCUUUCUUUCUUGCUCCCUAAUUUCUUUCUUUCUUUCUUUCUUUCUUUCUUUCUUUCUUUCUUUCUUUCUUUUCUUUCUUGCUUCCUAAGUUUCUUUCUUUCUUUCUUUCCGGAGAGCCGAUUUCUUUAUCCUUUCUUCCUUCUCUUUCCACUUUGCCUGCAUUGUGUUUUCUGUCAUACUUCUUUCGUGCCUUGUACAUGCGCAUAUAACGACCUACCCUUUCCUUUAUUCAUUGUUUUUUUUUCUUACUCAGUACUUCCUUUCUUAGCCCAAAUGCAACUCACUUUUUUAUUCAUUCUGUUUCCAGUUCACUCUUUCUUUCUAUCUCGAUGUUCUUCUUAUUCUUUUCCUCGAAUACGUAAUAUGUCAAUGUAUUUCUUAUAUUAG